AGGGUAUAAUAGCCAUAUCAUUUGCUACUUACAAAUAUUUUCAUAUAGACAAUCUCCCUGACUUUAGGGUUUUUCGCCGCCAGCACUGGGAUAUUGGUUUCCUGCGUACCUUUCCCUUCUUACUUGGAACAGCAACAAUGGCACCCACUAAGAAAACGAAGAAAAGCACCGAGAGCAUUAAUAACAGGCUAGCUCUUGUGAUGAAGAGCGGAAAGUACACUCUUGGCUACAAGACCGUUCUUAGAUCCCUCAGGAACAAUAAAGGCAAGUUGGUGAUCAUAGCAAACAACUGCCCUCCUCUUCGUAAAUCUGAAAUUGAGUACUAUGCAAUGUUGGGCAAGGUCGGAGUCCACCAUUUUAACGGAAAUAAUGUUGAUUUGGGAACUGCUUGUGGCAAAUAUUUUCGGGUGUGCUGCCUUAGCAUCAUUGAUCCAGGUGACUCUGACAUCAUCAAGAGCAUACCUGGUGACCAGUGAUCAUGUGAAAGGAAAGCAUUUAAGGAAAUUCACAAGAUUUGGGCUGUAACCAUGAUACAAUAAUUAUGUUUGGAUGCGCCGAAGAUCUGUGCGAAGCCAAAUGUAAAGAUAUAUUUGGUGAUUUAUAUUAUACUUCUAGUCAUUGUAUAAAGACAUGGUUAUGCCGAUGUGUAAGCUGUAGUUAAGUCUUAAUAACUUAUCCUACAACGAUUGUUAUAAUGUUUGUUUAUGUGAUGUUCUCAUGUGUUGUGUGAUGGAUAUUUCUAUGUGUGUGCAAUGAAAUGCUUUC